CGGCGGAGGGGGGAAGAUGGCGGCGCCCGUCCUGCUGAGAGUGUCGGUGCCGCGGUGGGAGCGGGUGGCCCGGUAUGCAGUGUGCGCCGCCGGGAUCCUGCUCUCCAUCUACGCCUACCACGUGGAGCGGGAGAAGGAGCGAGACCCCGAGCACCGGGCCCUCUGCGAUCUGGGUCCCUGGGUGAAGUGCUCCGCCGCCCUUGCCUCCAGAUGGGGUCGAGGAUUUGGUCUUUUGGGUUCCAUUUUUGGAAAGGAUGGUGUAUUAAACCAGCCAAACAGUGUCUUUGGACUUAUAUUUUAUAUACUGCAGUUAUUACUUGGCAUGACAGCAAGCGCAGUGGCAGCUUUAAUCCUCAUGACGUCCUCCAUCGUGUCUGUGGUAGGGUCUCUGUACCUGGCCUACAUUCUGUACUUUGUGCUGAAGGAGUUUUGCAUCAUCUGCGUGUUCACAUAUGUGCUGAACUUCAUUCUUCUUAUCAUCAACUACAAACGACUAGUUUACUUGAAUGAGGCCUGGAAACGGCAGUUGCAGCCCAAGCAGGACUGACAACUUUAUGAACUCAGUUUAACUGACAGUCUGAAGUCCCUUUUCCAUUAAGUUUAUUUUGCAGCAGUUUUUGUUUUGUUUUGUUUUGUUUUGUUUUUUUAUUCUUCACAAGACACUUUCCCUAAGAAUCUUAAACUGAUUUUUUAAAAUCCUGUCAAUUAGAAGGGGCCCUAGCUAUUUUGUGUCAAUCUUAAUUUUAAGUAUGGAUAUUAAAAAAAAAAAAAAAAGAUACACCGAGCCAAUCAAAGACAAGCUUUAACUACUUUGAAGAUCUUUCUGAAAUAAUAAAAUGUAGCCCUAGCCCCCUUCCCUCAAUUGUAAAGUGAGCAACCAUUGCUAGUAAUUCUUUAAUGUGUAUAAAUUCAAUUUCAGGUAUAACAAAUGUGAUCAUGACAUGAAAAUAUUUUAGAAUAGAUACUGUAUUAAAUAUUGCCAUGUUUACAAUAUGUAAUAUGUUUUUAGCUGAUGGAUUUAAACAUGUAGAUUCAACUAGAAUCCAUUUAUGUGAUAUUUGUAAAUAAAGGUAGAAGUAUUGGAUCCAUCCCUGCAGAACUUACUGUACAGUUUAGUUGAAGUGUAGCAAUGAAGAAUGGUCAGCUCAACGUUGUCAGAUGAAAUAAUGAAAACAGUAAGCCCAUACAGAGCAUCUUGUGAAAGUGCUGACAGCUGUGGGUACAGCAUUGACGGCAAAAACAAUGGGGUAGUGGUUCCCUUUCAUCUCCCUCCUCUGAAGGAAGACACUAUUUGAACGUUCAAGUCAAGUUUGUGUCUAGUCAUAAAACUGGAUCCAUUGUAACCUUACAGAAUGAGUCAUGUGACUGACCAGACCUUCAAGUCCAAGGCCUUCAGGAUGCCAGUGACGGGAAAAUGAGUAUAUUUCUUUGGACAAAAGCUGGAAACAUUAAUAUGGCAUUUUUGGGUACAGUCUCUUACAACAGUUGAAUUUUCAUGCAGAUAUUUUUCCUUAAUAUUGGUGCCAGUCAACUAGACAGUAUUAUGACUUUGAAAUAACCAGUUUAAGCCCAACCACUGCAGAGUAGGAUUGCUCUUUGGUAGCUCCAUAGUGUUUUCCCUAAUUGUUUCUUUCUGCACUAACUAAUCGGAUGUCUAGUUUAAUUGCUUUAGAGUCAAAUAUUGGAUUUGCAAUCUUCAGGGCUGACACGCUGCUCAGUUUGCUGAAUUGUGAGAAGUACUACAAGUAGAAAUACAUUAAGGUGAAAUACAGUAAUGUCGUCACUGCUCUUUGUAAUAACUACGCAAAUGCAGUAGGAAGAAUUUUUAAAGGUGAUUUGAAUAAACCCAAAUGAAUUUGUGACAGUAUGUUCCUGUGGUUAACAUCUUAGAAUGUUAAAAGUGCCUUCUGUCUUAAAUCUCAAACCAAAUAUUUUGUGUGUUGAACUUGGGCAGAAGUGUCCUUCCUUUCUUUCUUACCAUGUAGUAGAAAACUUGCAUUCUACAGAAAGGUUCUGUAUGAUCAUUUUAUUACUUAGAUUGAGAAGUAGUAGCAAUGUUUCUAAUUCCAAUUCAAUUAAUCAUUAUGUUUAAAAUAGUCGAUUAGACUGGUGACUUUUGAGUGCUUUAUUUGCCGCCUUUUUGAAGGUUGGGGACAAGCUCUGCUCUGUAAAUUAAAACAUGUAGAGUCAGCAACUGUUCAGUAAUUUCCAGCUAAUUCAUAAUUGAUGCAAUGUAGGUCUUCUGGCCCAAGGUGGAUAUAAAAUCUGAAUUGUAAUGAACCAGUUUCUUAAAAGAUAGCUUAAUCGGAUUUCAUCAAGGCUUGUUUUCCAUGAAUGUGAAUAUUUCAAUGACUGUUUUAUUAUGUAUGUAUUGUUCUUGUAUUCUUAUGUAGUUAAAGAACUCUAGAAAGCAUUGAUUGGUGUUUAUGGAGAAACAGCCCUCAUGUUUGAGAACUGUACAGUGAUGUCAUCUUGUAACAGUGCAUCCAGUUCUACCAGGCAGUUGACUGGUUCUCUUUCCUAAGCUAGAGUGGAAAUCGCUUAAUGGUCAAGACUUCUGUGGUAUAUGUAACACCGGCUGUGCUAAACAAGUUCCUCAUGUCCCACUUUGAAAUGGUUUUUUUAAACCAUAUUUUUUAUCAAUCAGCAGAGUACAGUUAAAGCUUGUCUUGAUGUUGCAUUCUUGCAAAUGUUGUCAACUCUUACGUGAGAAAACAUGUAAAAAAUGUUCAGCCAGACCCUUCAAGUUUUUCCUUUGCUAUGCCUAAGCCUUGGGGAAACCACUGUUUCUGUUUUAUAAAAUGUUUGCCACAUUCCUAUGACCCAGUAGAAUUAAUACCCUUUUUCUCACUGACAGAUGAAUAUGUGCUGCUUGAAAUAACAGCACAGUAAUGCCAGUAUCUCAGUAAGCAAUAGAAAGAACCCUGUUGGGUGUUAUUUGGUAUUUUUUGCUGUGUAAGAAUUUAGGCUCCCCUCUAUACCUUCUAUUCCACCCAGAAGAGCAGGGGAAACACCAUGUUAUAAAAUAUGAAGAUUGUUAUGACUAUUUGAGACAAUAUUUAAAUGUUGCAGCAUUACUAGCCACCAAUGUUGAAGGACAUUAGCAGGGGAAAAAAUUUUUUUCUGAGAAAAAAAUGUUAGCAGUAAAUCUAUGCCUCCUGUUUUUGAAGUUAUUUGUAGCAAAUGAAGUCUCUUACUUGAUAGUCAUAAAUAUCAUUUGAAGAAAUAAGGGUUGUGGUUAGAUGAUAAAAUCUUUGGUGUUCCAUUGCAGCUAGUUGCUGUCAGUGAGGGUAAACGUCUGCUGAAAUAAUUCAGGUUUAACUAGCUGUGUGCCAGGAAUUACUUUUACUUGAUAUAUGUAGCCUCUCCUUAAUUAAACUCAUUACUCUUAAAGAAUGCUGAAAGCAUUGACUAUUUUCAUAUAAAGAGAAAAAGAUGUCAUGUGGUACAAGGGAUGUUUGGAUGUACUAGGUAAGAUAUAGGCCCAAGACUACAGUGAAAUUGAAACUGUUGGUUGGCUUUUAUUUGUUUGUUUUUCAUUUGUACUUAUUUUUAAAAGACUGCAAAAAUCAAAGUUAUCUUCAGUAAUUAGUUCAUCAUGUAGACUGGUGCCACUGCUUGACACCAGUGAGUACUGACAGGAGGUCUUGUCCUGAAGGUUAGUAUUAGGUAAAUGCCAACAAAAAAACCGCCAUCCAGCUGGCAUGUUAGUUCAGUGGCCUAGAGCACAGCCUUAUAACACCGAGGUCAUAGGUUCAGAUCCCUGAACCAGCCAGCCACCAGAAAAAAAAAAGAAAAACCAACUACCAUUUGUAGUAACUUGUUUGGGGAGCUUUAUCUGAUGUGCAACCUUUGUCCUCACGUAUUCCCUCCAGCACACAAGCUACUCACACAUUCAAGGCAGCACUUAUGAUUCCUCAUUUGUGAGAACUACCCUUCAAUAAAACUAAAGGGUUGGGGUGGGAAUCUAGGCUAUUCGGUUAAACAUUUUUUCGACAGAUUAGCCCAGAAAAGUUAUAAGCUGUAUUAAGCAUGGCCUAAGUAUUAGGUGUAUGAUCUUUAUAGUAUGUUCCAUCAAAAGUAUUCAUUACUAGUGCUUCAAGUUCCAGAGUAAACAUUCAUUUAAAAUGGAGUUCACUGGGCAGAUUUCCCCUUUCAUAUAGAUAAAAAUAUUCUUUCUCAGAGGUUUAGGACACUGUUUUGCUAACUGAUAAAUAAAAACAAAUGUAAAUAUGUAAGAAUGUUUAUUUGUUGCACAUAACUUUUUUGGUAUAAAAUAAAUGUAGAAGUUACCUGUGCAGGUUGUGCUGCCGUCGUUCUUAUACUGCAGUAUUACAAGAAAACCUGAAACGUAGGCGCUUUAUAAAGUAUUCUUGAAGUUGAUACUGUGACCUCAUGUCUACAGGUAUACUGAGUUGAUUCUUUUUCUCUUAAAUUGUCUGUAACUUUGAGAAGAUAGAGUUCUGAGAGAUUCUAGUUCUUGGCAUUCCUGUGGGUUUAUGAAAUAUGUGGUUGACACUAGAAUAGAAUGUACGCAUCAGCUGGUUUUCUGUAGCUUUACUUUAGCUUACCUUGAAUACUCCAUUCUUUAGUCCUCUAAAAAGGCAACAUCUGCAAGAAAGAUUAAUCCAUUUGAAGUACAGAUUAGCCAUAUUCACUGGGGAGCACAAAUGUGUUCUGUGCUAAAACCUUAGGACCAAUGAGGUGGAUAGUUAAGCAUGUCUGUUAACUUUUUUAAUGUUUGUCAUCAACUAAAGAGUUUCAUGUAUUAUUCUUCGACAUUAAACUGGAAUACGAAACUUGCUUGCUUCAAAAAAUGUGAAGUUUGAUGGUAACAAAAGAAAUAUGGAACCCCUUGAACUAUUUGAACUGAGACUACACUCUCAUUCUUAAAAAAUGGUCUGAAGACACCUAAUA